AUGGCUACCCACCUUGACCACCUGUCACCUGUCAUGACAGUCCACCGUGACCUUAACCACCACCAUCCACCGCUGGUCACAACCACUUCAAAAAGAACCACUUCAAACAACCACUUCCGGUCUGACCGUGGCGGCCUUCGGGCUCAGGACAAUCGGCAGACUGGUCAACCAAACAUCAAUCAACUACCAUCAUCCAUCAUCCACUUCCAGUCUGACCGUGGCAGGCUUCGGGUUCAGGACAAUCGGCAGGCUGGACAGUCAACCACUUUAAUCACCCACCUCGUCAUCCACUUCAACCACUUCCAGUCUGACCGUGGCGGCCUUCGGGCUCAGGACAAUCGGCAGACUGGUCAGCCAAACAUCAAUCAACCACCAUCAUCCACUUCAAGCAACCACUUCAACCAACCACUUCAACCAACCACUUCAACCAACCACUUCAACCAACCACUUCAACCAACCACUUCAACCACUUCCAGUCUGACCGUGGCGGCCUUCGGGUUCAGGACAAUCGGCAGGCCGGUCAACCAAACAUCAAUCAACCACCAUCAUCCAUCAUCCAUCAUCCAUCAUCCAUCAUCCAUCAUCCAUCAUCCAUCAUCCAGUCUGACCGUGGCGGGCUUCGGCUUCAGGACAAUCGGCAGACUGGUCAAUCAACCACCAACCAUCCACUUCAACCAACCUUCCGUCCUGACCACCUUCCAUCAUGGGCCUUCUAACAAUCAUGACCACUCUCCACCGUGCCCACUAUCAACCAUCCAUCAUCGACCACGACAACAAUUCUCUCCUACUGGCCUCUCAUCCACCAAACAAUCACUCAUGACAACCAUCUUGGCCUUUGAUCUGGCCUCCCAUCCACCAGGGAACAUCCAAAAAUCAUCUAUCACAAGUAUCCAUGACAACCUUUCAACGUUAACAUCAACAUCAACCUCAAAAACCACCUUAGCCUUCUUUCUGGCCUCUCAUCCACCAAAAGAACAUCCAAAAAACAACACUCACAAACAUCCAUGA